AGCCAAAUUAAAUGGUCAAACUAAUGUCGGAUCAAUUUGCUUCUCUCAAUGGUACUACAUUAGCACUAAAAUUUCAUUAGAAAAAGAUUUUGAUGAUUAUUCCAUUCGUUUAUGGGAUGCCAAAACAGGAAAAUAAAUAGCAAGAUUAUAUGGUCAUAGUGGUAGAGUUAAAGCACUCUGUUUCUUUCUUGAUGGUAUGAU